UGAAUGAUAAAGGUCAUGUGAUUGAGAGAUUUCUUGGUGUUCAACAUGUUCCGGACACAACAUCAGCGGCACUAAAGGGUGCUUUGGAUGCUAUGCUACUUGCUCAUGGUUUAUCUAUGCAUAACAUACGAGGACAAGGAUACGAUGGGGCAUCAAACAUGAGAGGUGAAUUCAAUGGGCUACAAAGAUUGGUACUAGAUGAAAAUCCCUAUGCCUUUUAUAUACAUUGCUUUGCCCAUCAGUUACAGUUAGUGGUUGUUUCAGUUGCUAAGUGUUGUUCAUCUGUCACGGAUUUCUUCAACUACACCACUUUAAUUGUUAACACUGUCAAUGCAUCUUGUAAGAGACAUGACCAAUUGGCCCAGGAACAUCAUGAUAAUCUAGUGAGAGGGUUAGAAAAUGAUGAAAUUUUUUCUGGGAGGGGGAAAAACCAACAAACAAAUCUUGCAAGACCUGGGGAUACUCGUUGGGGAUCACAUCAUAAAACUUUGUGCCGUCUUCAACUCAUGUGGCAAGCAGUGUUAGAGGUGUUAGAGAAUAUAUGUGAUGAUGGCCCAACAUCAACAACAAAAACUUGUGCAGCGGGUUUGCUAAAACAAAUGGAGAGUUUUGAAUUUGUGCUCAUUAUGCAUCUUAUGAUAAAAGUACUGGGUAAGACUAAUGAUUUGUCACAAUGCUUGCAAAGGAAGGACCAAAAUAUAGUUCAUGCUGUAGCAUUGAUUGGAGCCACAUUACAGAAGGUGAAAGACCUUAGAGAACAUGGUUGGGAAGAGAUAUUUGAAGGUACAAAAAGAUUUUGUGCCAAGCAUAACAUCAUAGUGCCAAAUAUGUUGGAUACAACUGUUGCAAGGGGUCGUUCGAGGGGUCGUGGAGGCCAGCUAGUAACUUACCAACAUCAUUUCCAUCAUGAAAUCUUUAAUGUGGUACUUGACCAACUUAUUGUGGAGUUAAACAAUCGCUUUGGUGAAAGAUCUACACAAUUGUUGAAAUGCAUUGCAUGCCUUGAUCCUAGGAAUUCUUUUGCCAACUUUGAUAUAAGUAAGUUAGUUGAGCUUGCUUCAAUAUAUGAUGCCGACUUUAAACCAUAUGAUCUGAUAUUGUUGGGAGAGCAACUUGAGACAUUCAUUCAUGAAGUAAGAAAUGAAACCAAAUGGUCAAGUUGUAAUGACCUUGGUAAGAUUGCAGAGUUGAUGGUUGACACUGGAAAAGAUGGGGAUUUAGAUUUGGUUUAUCGUCUUAUUGAGUUGGUUUUGAUAUUGCCGGUGGCAACUGCAUCUGUAGAAAGGGCCUUUUCAGCUAUGAAUAUCAUCAAAACUGAGUUACGGAAUAAGAUGGCUGAUGAUUGGCUAAAUCACCGCAUGGUGUGCUAUAUUGAGAGAGAUAUAUUUAUUGCCAUUGAAAACGAUAAGAUAUUAAGGCACUAUCAAGAUAUGCGAAAAGCACAGGAUUCAACUACCUCAUUCGAGUGGUAUUUACAAAAUCUUUAUUCGAAUUGUUGA